AUGGACAAAUAUUUUUUUGCGUUAGCAGGCAUUCCCAAUCUUGAUCGGCCAACUGACGAGGAACCUGAACCGGACAGAGCUGCUCCACAAGUACCUUUGCUGACUCUUGAAGAUGAAGAAAAAUAUUGCCCUAUCUACGAUGAACUAGUCGAUCACGCCAAAGUCAUUUGGUGUGAAGGCAAAUGCCACUCUGGAAAGGAUAUGAAUAAACUCUCCUUAAAGCGUGUUAGACAGCUUGGUAAACUUCUUGCCCGUGAUGGCGACCAAUUAAAAUUCAAGUAUGUCUUCCUAGCUGCCAGUGCCCAUCCUCCAGCUAAAGACACCGGGACUGGAUGGUCUCGGAAGUACACCUCUGUACCUGCGAUCACUAAAUGGGCAGAUUGCGAAAUUGGCCUCUCCCGAGUAUUUGCAACUGUGGCGCAGGGAGAGUCGAUGAUCAAAGCAAUCUCGCAUAAUCAACACACAACUGCCAAGAAGAAAUCAAAGGCUUCCACCUCUACUCAAAUGCCACAACCUAGCGAUGUCUUGAAAACGGAACUUGCAAGGGCUUUGAAUCAGCAACUCAUACUUGGCUAUUGUCCGACCAGAGGAAAAUGCUUUCCUUUGACAGCUGACCCGGUUGCAGGUCUUGUCAAACGCAAAGUCCCUGUCGAAUUGUUCAAGAACCGGAAUCAAAAUUGA